GUAAAACUUGCUCAUGUAAUUUCGUGACACAUUGUAGAAACGAGUUCUGUCGCAUGCGUGUGCGUGAAGAAGACACCUGCUUCGAUUUCGGUUACGUUUUUUAAACGCACAAUGUCAGCAUUUCUUCCCUGAGAGACUGAUCUCACAAUAUAAAUUUCAUAAUUCAUUUAGCGAUUGUGAAAGAGUUAUAAGGGUGCGUUCUGCGUUCGGAUCUGAACGGUGCUGUAUUGCAUAAUUAUGAGUGGAUUAAUUUGAAUCGGUUUGAAAGAGAAAGGCGCGGCCUCCGCGUGUCAUCUGCUUCUCAGUUGACGCGUCAGUGUACAGGGUGCGCCAGCGUAUGGACAAUGAUCUGGUGUUCUCUUUAUCUUUCUUGCUUUCUACAGGAUCCACGUAAAAUGUACUAUAUUAAUUAUAAAUAAAUUUUGUCAAGUAAAUAGAAUUUCCAAAACGUCGUCUUUUAGGACGUCAAAUAUCACCUUGCAAUUGUAUUAAAAAUUCAUAUAUCGAUAUCCUUGAUCCUAGAGUCAGUAUCAUGCGAAGGAAUAAUUCUUUAAAUAAAACAACGUAUGAUUAACGACAUGCCGCAAUUAUUCGAGAGAAACAUCCUCUCAGUUUCAAUUCGCACGUCGCAAAUGAAAAGUCAUUAGAAGCGAUCGCGCCUUCGAGCACGAUUGCAAAUAUGUCCGCACAUCGAUCCUCAUUAAUCGUGGAACACAUGUUACCGGUCCGGCGCGAAUCUUCCUUUUGGCCGCUCUCGAGUCGUCUUAAUUUAACGAUAAUGUAUCGCGAACGCAGAACCGGAAUCGACGUCGGUCACGGAACAUUGCGAACGAAGCAGAACCGCAGGACAUCGUCAACGUACAACGUGAAGUUAAUUUAUUAUCGACGUUUAAUGCCCGGAGAGGACGAGAGGAUCGUCCAUUACGAUCGUCCAUUAAUUUGUAUUUGUAACCGCCCCUCGUGAAUAAUUUAACCGAAUGGAAUGGGAACGACAAACUCGCCAUCCGCCAGGGAAUCCUCCUGCCCGGAUUAUAUAAUCUGCGGAUGUCCCGUAGGACACCUGGACAACGCGACAAAAUGCCACGUAACAGACGUGGAUUACACGAUAGAGAAGCUGCGAGGACUCGUGUCGGAUUCUGUCACAGGCGAUCAAGUCACGCGAAUAUCACGACUUCUCUGCGACUACCUCCGUGAGAUCGGUGACGAGGGUUACCCAAUCAAGCACCUGCCGGCCGUAAUGCAGGUGCUAGAUUUUCUAGCCCGGAGGAGCAGGGGAAUCGACGACUACCGGGCGCAUCUGGACCGGAUGUUGCAGUUAUGCAGUCGACCGCCUCUGCUGAAACGUACAUCCGAGAGUCUCAUCAGCUCUGUCGUAAUGGAGCAGUAUUUCACGUUGCUGGGUCACCUGCUGAUGAUCCUGCCGAACGAGGAACAACGCCAGCAGAUUUGCGACGCGGUUGAUUGCUUAUUAAUCGGACGUGCAAGACUGACGAACGUCGCGGCGGUGAAGAUGGACUUUCGUCGUUGCGCUGUGGAGAAUUCCAGGUUGCCGAUUAUAGUUGUUGAAUUGCUGGAAACCGCAUUGCCGAAAACGUAUCCGAUGGUUUUGAGACUGGCCUUUGUACUCGCCUCGGUCUCGUAUCAGUGUUGUUACAGAAUGCUGGAGGCUGGCAUACUGAAUACUUUGCUCACCAGAAUGGACCUUCCUUACGCAACGCAAAUGCACUGCAUCAAGCCGCUGGACAUAUUGCUCGAAGGAGAAGAAUAUCCAUGGGACAUUAUGCUACUAAUCACAAAUCUCUUGUGGAACCUCAUGAAAUCCAUAUUACCGCCCAGAACGCUACCUGAAAAUUUGAGCAAUCUCCCUUCGCCCAAGCAAUGCGCCAUGUGGUAUUAUUUAUUAAUAACGUCUUAAUUGAUUAACAAUU